AAAGCUGCGCUGGCCGGUUGCGGAGGGGAGGCUGCAGAGCGAGGGCAGGAGACAAAUGACUGGGAGCCAUGACAUCAUCGGGGGCACAGGAAAGCAGGUGCUCUGCUGCUUUUGCAAGCAGAGAAAUAGGAGUUUGGGCACCUAUCCAGGGGUCCCAGGGAAUGCCCUGUUGCUCCUGACCUCCCCUGCCUGUAAUGCUCUGAGCACUUCAGCACUAACGCAUGGAAGAGAUAAGGGUCUGUGGACCAUGGAACUGUUCAUGUCCUCUCUGACACCUGCUCCUUUUCCUGCCAUGGAGGCCACUUCCAGCAACCCAGUCUCCUGCCAUGUCCGACCCCAUCACGCUGAACGUCGGGGGGAAGCUCUAUACAACCUCAUUGGCAACCCUGACCAGCUUCCCUGACUCCAUGCUAGGCGCCAUGUUCAGCGGGAAGAUGCCCACCAAGAGGGACAGCCAGGGCAACUGCUUCAUUGACCGUGACGGCAAAGUGUUCCGCUAUAUCCUCAACUUCCUGCGGACCUCCCACCUUGACCUGCCCGAGGACUUCCAGGAGAUGGGCCUGCUCCGCAGGGAGGCCGACUUCUACCAGGUGCAGCCCCUGAUUGAGGCCCUGCAGGAGAAGGAAGUGGAGCUCUCCAAGGCCGAGAAGAAUGCUAUGCUCAACAUCACACUGAACCAGCAUGUGCAGACGGUCCACUUCACUGUGCGCGAGGCGCCCCAGAUCUACAGCCUCUCCUCCUCCAGCAUGGAGGUCUUCAACGCCAACAUCUUCAGCACCUCCUGCCUCUUCCUCAAACUCCUUGGCUCUAAGCUCUACUACUGCUCCAAUGGCAAUCUCUCCUCCAUCACCAGCCACUUGCAGGACCCCAACCACCUGACUCUGGACUGGGUGGCCAAUGUGGAGGGCCUGCCAGAGGAGGAGUACACCAAGCAGAACCUCAAGAGGCUCUGGGUGGUGCCUGCCAACAAGCAGAUCAACAGCUUCCAGGUCUUCGUGGAGGAGGUACUGAAAAUCGCUCUGAGCGAUGGCUUCUGCAUCGAUUCUUCUCACCCACAUGCUCUGGAUUUUAUGAACAAUAAGAUUAUUCGAUUAAUACGGUACAGGUAAAAGGACCCCAACAGCAUUGGAGACGGGGAGUCCCAAGAAGCUCAUGUCAGCCAGGUCUUGGAGGGCAUCUCGCCAGUGGUGCGAGGCAGGGGACUGUACUAAUCUGUAUUAAUUGUGUAGCAGGACUUGAUUUCCCCCAUGAUGAAGUCCACCUUUUGGAAUCCAUUGUCCUCUGAACAGAACCACCUUUUUUCUUGCCAUUUUGAGCUGCAGAUGGGCUAUUGUGACAAGUGAAGAGUCAGCUGAUGUGUACUAAAGGAGGCCACAGGAGGAUUUUCCAGCCGGGACAAAGGAGUGGCAGCUUUCUCCUGGGCUCCACCCAUCUGUACCACUAGCCAGUGCCGCGUUUAUCCAUCUGUAAGAAGGCCCUGCUGGAGAGGAUGGGAUGAGAACAAGAGGCUACCUCUAGUUAACCAGGACAUAAAGUCCCCAGCAGUUCCUGUCACACCUGCUCCUCCCUCCCUAGGGUGCAUCGAUAAUUGUGAAUGUUUGCCCAGGGGUGACCGUGUUUGGCUGGCUUGGAAUGCCAUGCAUUCUCAGAGCCCUGUUAGUAUCCCCUCUUGGGGGACAGAGAUGAGGUGUGGCAGGGUCUAGAGGAAUGAGUGUCCAGGCAGGGUUCAGAAGGUAGGAAUGUGCCUCUUGAUGGGGCUGAAUCAAGGGAUUCCUGGCUUCAGAAAGGGUCUGCUAUCUCUGCAAAGAUGUGCAAGAGUCUGGAGCCAGUGUAAUGAAAGUCGCUUCCAAAUCCAGUCUGUCGCCUGACUUUUGUCAUUGUUUUCCCAAAAAUUUGAGGUAUCAUUGAAACAGGUCAUUUUAAACAAAUAUAUUAUGGAUUCUCAGGGUUAGAAAUAAUUCGAUUAUUUCUCCCUCCCCCACCCCUAGAACACCCCAGCACAUCUGAGGAUGAGCGCCUCUCCCUGGGUACCAGCAAGUGAUCACCUUGGCCUGCUUGCAUACCUCAGCUCAUAGGUAGUGCGCCAUCCCUAAGGCAGCUCCUGCCAUGGUUGGACGGUGCUGACUGUUAGAAAGUUCUUCCCUAUAUUGAGCCAAAAUCUGUUCUGCCACUUGCUGGAUCUUGAUGGCAGACCUUCGCUUUCACCCAGUUACAUAUCUUUGCUUUCAAAAUAGUCACCUUGAGAGGCCAGAAAUUUUUCGGAAAACAUUAUUACUCAGAAUUCAGAUUCCCCUCUGGGAUCUGUCUUCAGAAUCAAAGUUAGCUCUUUUCUAUCCCCUGUAAGUCGUCCCCUUUUGUUAUCGCUUCAUCUCGUUUGUGACCCCCAUUUCACCCACCUUCCCCACAAGCUAUGGCUCCAUAUGCCUUUUGACCAUUUUCUGUUGGAAGAGGAAGAUUCGCGGCCCCUGAGGGGAUCCGGAGGAAAGAGACAGGGUCUCCGAGCGUGCUGUGCAGCAAGGAGCCCAGGAGUGGUGUGGACCAUAAUAGUGCCCUUAGGGUAAAUGUGUGGCCCCUAAGACCCUGCCCUCAGGAAGGCGACCUUCCCCUGCAGUCCUGUGUCCUACCCCUGGGUCUCCGUGGGGUGCCAUCCAGGGCAAGCAACCCAAGCACUGCUUCCCACCGGAUGAUGAGCUGUGCAGGCCUCCAAACUGCACGUCAUGAUUCAUCCCUAAAGUGAGUUUGGCCUUGAGAGUCCCAGGGUCCUCCCCCCGGGCAGGGGUCCUCAGACAAAGGCAAGGAAGCCUGGUGACACAGGCACCCAUGGGAGGUGGGCCCAGAAAGGGGCUUCCCGUAGAUAAGCCCUGUGAGUAGGGAGCUUGUACACUGGGCCAUGGGCAGAGCCAGCUCCCUUGAGCAGUAAAGGCCCUUUGCCCGCUAAAUGGGACCCAGGAGUCUCUCUGACAGCUUUUCUGCCAGGUGCAGUGGCUUAUGCCUGUAAUCCCAACACUGGGAGGCUGAGGCGGGAAGAUCACCUGAGGUCAGGAGUUCAAGACCAGCCUGGCCAACAUGGUGAAACCCCACCUCUGCUAAAAAUACAAAAAUUAGCUGGGCAUGGUGGCAGGCGCCUAUAACCCCAGCUAUUUGGGAGGCUGAUGCAGGAGAAUCUCUUGAACCCAGAUAGCAGAGGUUGCAGUGAGCUGAGAGUGUGCCAUUGCACUCCAGCCUGGAUGGCAGAAUGAGACUCCAUCCCAAAAACAAACAGCUGUCCCAGGCCAAGAGUACUUGGGAAAGCCCUUCAUGGAGAACCCAGUUUAGACCAAGUAGCAGAAGCUGUGGUCACAACAAAACAAUGUGAGGAAGAAAUCUUACAAAUCACUACUGCCCUUUUUCCUUUUCCAUAAAACUGUCCAUCUUUUCGGUGCUCCCUAAUCCAAGCAGCUUGACUUUAGAGAAAUUGCAGAAGCAGUGAAGCCUCUAACAUGCUGUGUGACUUUAUGUAAGUCACUCACCUCACUGAGCCACCUCCAUUUCUUCAUCUGUGAAAUGGGCAUAACAGUAAUACAUAACCCUACCUACCUCACAGGGCUGUUGUGAGGAUCAAAUGAAAUAAUGUACGUGAGAAUACAGUAUAAAUGAUAAAGGACUGUUA